AUGUCAAAGAAGAAGCAGGAAAGUCCUCUGCAGUAUGUUACGGAGGAUGCUGGAACAGGGAAGGCCCGCGGUGCUUUCUGGCUUCAGUCUCUUAUUACUGAUGCGUUUCAUGGCAAAGGAUUUCACACAAUAGAAGAAUAUCUUCAGCAGAAAAAGAGCAUAGUGCCUCAGAAAUAUAAUCAUCUUCUCCUACACCAUCUUGACAGAUUGAUAAAAGAGGAGCUGGAUAGAAACAAGUUCCAGACUUGUUCCCUGCUGCUGAAAUGUAUCCAGAGAUUCUUCAGGGAUGACCCAGACCAAGAGGAGCCUUUGCUUAUUCAGCAGGGACUGAUCCCAAAGAUGGUUUCCUGGUUUGAAACAAUGACAGGAUUUCUGAUCACCAAAGUGCUGGCCUCGGAGGCACUGCUGACUAAAGCCGUGGAGGACUUCCUAGACACUGCACUGAUCAUUUCCAGGCACAGCAGGAAAGGGACAAUCCAGAUGUUGGAUUCCUUCAUACUUUGUUUAGGAUUCCUGGUGGCAGAUGGCUCUGUGAAGCCCUCCAUUCAGCAGGAGGCUCUGAGGACUUUGAACUGCAUUUUGAAUGCUGCGCCCCAGGAAGAGAGAAGAAGGCUCUCUUCAGCAGAAGACACGCGCAGUCUUAUGAAAGAAUUGGCAAAGACGAUCUUGACCGUGGGCGACUAUAGCCAGCAGGUUGCUCUCUCUGAGGCACUGUGUCGAGUGUCUGUUGGAACGCAGAGGAAUGAACUUGCCGCUCAGUGGUUUGAUGAUGCCGCCCUGGCUGAAGCUUUCAAAGAAAUUAAGAACCGGGAAUUUGAGACGGACUGUCGGCAGUUCCUCAAUUUCCUGAAUAACAGACUCGGCGACCAGAGAAGGGUCUACUCCUUCCCAUGCUUGGCUGCUUUUGCUGAUGAUCAGGAGAUGAGAAAACCAGCAGAUGAAAAAUUAGAGGAAUUUUGGAUUGAUUUCAACCUAGGAAGCCAGAGUGUGACUUUUUACAUAGAUAAUGCAGAGAGUGCUCUGUGGGAGCCAGUACAACUUUUGAAGGAAGCCAUAGUCAAGUUCACCAUUAUAGAGAAUGAUAGGAGAAAGAUGUUCAUUGUUUAUCCGAAGCAGCCAAUUGUUAUCGGCAAGAGAGAAGCAAAGAAAAUAGAAAUCCACUUUGACAGGCAACUUGGCAUUUCACAAGCUUCUGUUCGAGCUUUGGGAGAAGAUAAACAGGCCUCUUUAUUUCAGACUUCUGUUUUGAUAAAGGUCUCCUCUGUCCUUGAAAAGGAAGAUGGUGAGAUUUCUAGCAUCGGUGAAAGAGAAGCAGAGGAUGCAGAAGAAUCCACAAUCCUGCCAGAGUUCGUGGAUGCUGAAGCUGAACAACAAUGCCUAAUAACUCGCUGCUUUAAUGUCCAGUCAGUGCCGGCUGUGAGUAAAGGGAGCUUGAAACAAACAAAAUCAGAAGACCAUUCACCUGAAAACUCAAAACCAGAGGAGCCCGAGCAAGUUACUUCAGAAUAUGAGUUUCCUAUGGAUGUGCAAGAACCAUCAAUUCAAAAUGAGGCUUCUAAAUUAAAUAACACAAAAGAAGAUUCUGCCUCUUCAAGGGUUGGAGAACAGGACAGAAGGAUGUCGUUUAAUGAUAGGAAACAUUACUUCUUGGAGAGUAAGGAAGAUUCAAGUUCAAGUACCAGCAAACAAUCCUGGACCCAGAACCGCAAAAGGAAAUCCCUAAGAACAUACUCCCAGAGGAGGAAGCCAGGAGUCAGUUCUCUACGGAUCCUACCACUCUCCCCAGUCAGAAGUGGCCAUGCUCCUGAGAAAGAUGAAGCUGAGCUAACACCACUAUGGAAAGGCAUCUCCAGGAGAAAUGAUUCCACUCUUCUGAAAAUUUCUGAAACAAAACUACAAGAUAGUUCUGUGCCUUUAACUCUUGAGGCAUCUACAGAGAAAAUAGAACUCCAAAGUCGUCUUCCAUCCAGCAGUUCGUCUUCCGUAGAGCACCCGGAAGUGGAGGAGGAAAAUGUACCUGAGAUUGUGAACCAAGAACCAUUCAUGGGGAACAGUAGCUUCAAGCACAAGCUAGAAAACUUGGAACACAGAGAGAUGCCCAAUGGGAGUGUCAUUACCCUAAAGCAAUCAAGAUUAGAAGACGCUCCAGAACUCCCCAUUGUGCCAGAUAAAUCUACUCCAUCUCAAGAAGAUGUGCCAGAAAAUGCCAACAGUUCUGCUUUUAAAACAGCCUUUGAAAACUUCACUAGAGAUCUGAAAAAAAAAUUUGAGCUUAUGCUCAAGCCCAAAGAGAUUCUACUCUCUUCAGAAAAAGCAAAAGAAGUGCCAGCUUGCCUAAUAAGUCUUUGGAAACGGAUACACAUGUGCAGACUGGACAAGCUGGAGAGGUUCCACAGCUCCGUCCUUCAGGAGCUGAGCAGCUUGGAGAAGGAUCUUCAGACACUGACAUGCCUCGAGAAGGAUGCUCUGGCAAGUUCAUUGUCUGUGCUGUCUCUGGGACCAAAGAACCUUUUCUAG